AAGCAAUUCCUACAUUUAGCACUCGGAUCACGACGGGUAAAUUUUAGAAGACGUAGAAAAAUUAACCAAAAAAAAUUUUUAUUCAGAAAUUUUGAAUAUCAGAAAAACAAUUUACUUACUCAAAUAAAAAUGGCUAAUGUCAUCAAGAAAAAUUUUCUCAUGCCUCAGGGGUUCAAAAAAUGGUAUUUCAAUCUGUCUCGUUACAAUCAAUUAGGUUUACGCCACGACGAUAUCUUGUAUGAAAAUGAAAUUGUCUCAGAAGCUGUACGUCGUCUUCCUGCUCAUGUAUAUGAUGAACGAACUUUCCGGAUUGUUAGAGCUAUGCAGCUGAGUUGCAAUAAAACUAUUUUACCUAAGGAACAGUGGACUACAAUGGAAGAAGAUGUACGUUAUCUGCAGCCUUACAUCGAUGAAAUCAAAAAAGAAAUCCAAGAAAAAGAAGAAUGGGAACGUAGCCCAUGAAUAGGUAUUCAAAUGUAACAAAAUAAUAAGUAAUGUUUAGCAAAACAAUUUCAAUUUUAUUAGAGUUUACUGAGAUCAUUGUGUAAACUUUUAAAAUUACAUGCUAAUGUGUAAAGUUUAAAAUUUGAAUUAUAUUUAAUAAGAUGCUGUAAAUAAAUAUUAAAACAAUA